AUGGUUUCUGGUGCAGAGGGUUUGGGAGCAGCUGCGGAUCGUAUUGAGGCAGUGCUAUGUCAUCUGCUUAUACCGCUUUUUCUUCGCACUGCAACGAAGCCCAAGGAAGCAUCGAUCAUCCAAGGGAAAGAUCUAACAUUUUGCCUGUCGUUGAUGCAGCACGCUAUUUCACCACCUGCUGGAAAGCAUAGUUCUACCCCGCUCGGUAACACCUCGACGCUGGCAACGUCAUUCAUCAGAGGCACACAACACGACAUGUCUGGAAGACAAGGCUCUGUCUCUGUCACUGACCGUGGCCACUCGGCAACCGUCUCCACUUUACGCAUCGUACGGGAUAGCGUUUCACAGUGCAUAUAUCUAGGUGGAUUUCUUUUUCUCAACAUUUCCUUAUUCAUAGGUGAAAACCCUCAAAGUGAUGAUGCUUUGUUUUGGGAACUGCUGACGCCCAUGUGGCCACGAGUCGCCCGUCUUGUCAAAGAUCUUAUUUCGAAGAAGCAAGGCGGUCAAAGUGCUUGUCAGUUCAUCGACUUUGUUCUACAUGCCGAAUUGCCCAUUGCACUUCUUAUCCUACCCGUUAUUCAGAACAGGAGGAUACUAGCACUUCUAAAACCUACGAGCAAUUAUUACCUUCCUGCAGCUGAAUUCUCACAAAGUUGCUACGGGUCGCAA